AUUACAGAAAGGCCCUCAUAAAUUAUAGAAUUUAAAAACAGUCCCCUCUACUCUGUUUUAGUGCGUCGCAGCAACCCCGCGCAAACAAAACAAAAACUAUCACCACCGCUCCCGCAAACGACGUCGUUUUGCCUCACACACUGUUCGGUGUCAGAGCCCAUGAGUGCCGCACUCAAAUCCUUCACUAAAACUACUUCCCCACUAUCUCUGCAUUUUUACCCACUGCAACUUUGCUCCAGACGACGUCGUAUUGAACCACACUCUUCUUCCUUCAAUUCGAAACCCUACUUUUUUCAAUUUCUCCAUUUUCUCUCACCUUUAAUCGAUUCCUUCAAUGCCGGAAACGGCGCCGUCACUUUCAAUACUGUCUCCUCUGUUUUUGAGCCUUCCGCAGUAAGACAUUUUUCAACUUUCCUCUUUAAUUGAUUACUGAAUCCGCAAAAAUCUCGUGCGUGUAAUUGAUUUUUUUUCUUUUGAUUUGAAUUGAUUGAUCCCUUCAAUUGCGGAGUUUAAACCGCGAAUAUUGCUUCUGGUUCCCCACUUUAAACCCCCUUUUUCUUUGCCUUUGAUUAAAGCCUACAUGUGAGUUACAUUUGAUUUGUGUUGAUCUAAAAAAAACCGAUCUUGGACUCAGUUAGGUUUUUUGGUGAAUGGGUUUUGAGUCGAAUAAGCAGGGGAUGGAAUUUGCAGCUAGUUCAAAACCCCUAAAACCCUCUUCGAUUAUUUCCGAUAGAGUUUCGAAAUUUGCGAAAGUCUCUAGAUUUAGGUCCAUCGGUGUCUUUAAUACAUCUGAAGAUCUAGACGGGGGUAGUUCGCCUUCGUUAGACGAAGAAGUCGGCAGCUCGAACGAUGAUUUCGUGUUUUGUGCCUCGAAAGUUCGUUCGAAGCCCACUGAGGUAGAGAACAACGGCAAUGUGGAGAUUUUGAAAUUGUUCGAUGCUCUUUUGGCGUUGAAAUUAGCGUAUAUGAAGCUGCAAGAAGCUCACAUUCCGUACGAUCCCGAGAAAAUCAGAGCUGCUGAUGAAGAGGUAGUCUCUUCGAUCGAGACUCUCUGCUCGAUUAAGAAGGCUUAUAAGGAGAAUCUAUUGAAGGAAGAUAAUACAGUUUCUGCAUGUUCGGCGCUUUUGCUCGCUGAAAUCCAUGUUAAAGAGAAGGCUCUAGAGAAGUUGAAGUCUCGUGCCAAGAAUAAGGGCAAAGAGGUGGCUGUUUUACGGAGAGAGCUUCAAGAGUUGGAAACAAGGAACAACGGGAUAGCCGAAGAGAUUAAUAAACGAGAAAAGGAAUCUUUCAAGGGUUUGAAUCAUUAUUCGUUUGAAAAUAUUGUGAAGGCGGUUGGAAAAGCUAUUCACGAUUUUGCUAAGCCGUUAAUCGCCUUAAUGAAACAUUCGGAGUGGGAUCUUGACAAGGCCGCUAGUGCAAUACAGCCGUCCGUUGUGUACGCGAAGAGGUCCCACAAGAAAUACGCGUUCGAAGCUUAUGUUGCUCGAAGGAUGUUUCACGGGUUUUCGCAAAACCAGCCCUGUUUCGAGGAGAACGUAAUGAAAUUGGACGACCCUAUAGCUGCUUUGAUGGAAUACCCGCAGUCGAGUUUCGCCGAGUUUUGCAGAGAUAAAUAUCUGUUGGUAGUUCAUCGUGAUAUGGAAGUGUCAUUUUUCGGUAAUUUGGACCACAGGAGUUUUGUGGCCAAUGGGAUUCAUCCACACACCCCGUUUUACCGUGCGUUUGUACGAAUGGCGAGAUUCGUGUGGUAUUUGCAAGGAUUUAGUGCUUUUAUUGAGCCUAGAGCUGAAAUUUUUGGUGUCAAGGAAGGAAGUGAUUUCUCGAAUUUCUAUAUGGAAAUUCCAAAGGAGCUCGAGGAAUAUAAAUCUCUUGUGGGAGAAAGAUACAAAGUCGAGUUUAUGGUCAUGCCCGGUUUUAAGAUAGGGGAGACUUUAAUCAAGUCGCAAGUGUACGUCUCUAAUGGAGGAUUUUCAAAUGGUACGGCUAAUUAGGACGAGCGGUUCCGUUUAUAUGUAAAUGGAAAAUCGUUGUGCUCUUUCGGUGUUUUCAUUUGGCGCAAUCCUAAUCGAGCAGCUCACCGUAAAAACGGCCCACCAAAUCAGCAAAAACGGGACUCUUGAGAUUCUUCCAGUAGUAAAGAAGCUCUUCAACGUCAACCAAAUCGCCCAUCUUCCCUUCUUCAACAACCAUCUCUAUCAAGUGCUUCUCGAAGCUCCUGCACGCACCCGCCACGUCAUCCUCCUCCUCCUCCUCGUUGUCCGGAGCUUCCUUCCUACUAGUGGGUCCCACGCCCAGUCUUAUGUACGCUGGCGUGAUGGGCGAAGGGUACGGUUCUCUGUGGUAAGGCGCGUCGGAGAAACUCUUGAGCUCCGAAACCCUGUCCGUCUGAUCUCUGUUCCGUCUCAGUGAAUGAAGGACCGACAGGAUUUUCGGGAAACGGCCCUCGUAGGCGGUGUUGUUGGCUGCCGCGGCGGAGGCGGCAGUGGUGCUGGUUUUCCGGGCUCUAGGUUUCCGGUGACCGUUGUGCAGAGAUUUCACGAAGACGGGUUUGUGGAGCCUGAAUCUGAAGAGGUGUAGUAUUUUCUUGCAUGGUUUGUAAACGUUGCGUUUGAAGGACGAUAAAGCCAUCAUCAUAUCUUUCGAUAAUUACACACACACACACACAGUAGUUGGCUGUUUUGUUUUUGCAGUUUCUGUUAUUUAAAGGGGUUUGAGUAAAAAGGGUUUUGUGUGGAAUUCACGUUUGAAUAGUGAUGGUCUCUCAUUAGGGAAAGUGGUGUACCAUACAUACGAAAUUGUUUUCAAUUGUCUCGAAUGAAAUGUUUAUUAUGUU